CUCCGGGACACCAUCGAGCAGGAGACCCGGGAGCUGGGCCUGCAGGUCACGCCGUUCACCCUCACCAAGGUCCUACAGCUGUACGAGACCAAGAACUCCCGCCACUCCACCAUGAUCGUGGGUGGCACAGGCAGCAGCAAGACCACGUCCUGGAAGAUCCUACAGGCCUCGCUGACCUCGCUGUGCCGCUCCGGGGAGCCCAACUUCAACAUCGUCAAGGAGUUCCCCCUGAACCCGAAGGCGCUGUCCUUGGGGGAGCUGUACGGGGAGUACGACCUGAGCACCAACGAGUGGACCGACGGCGUCCUGUCCAGCGUCAUGCGGGUGGCGUGCGCAGACGAGAGGCCAGACGAGAAGUGGAUCCUCUUCGACGGCCCCGUGGACACGCUGUGGAUCGAGAGCAUGAACUCCGUCAUGGACGACAACAAAGUGCUGACUCUCAUCAACGGGGAGCGCAUCGCCAUGCCCGAGCAGGUGUCUCUCCUGUUUGAAGUGGAGAACUUGGCGGUGGCCUCCCCGGCCACCGUGUCCCGCUGCGGGAUGGUCUACACGGACUACGCUGACCUGGGCUGGAAGCCUUAUGUUCAGUCCUGGCUGGAAAAGAGGCCGAAGGCCGAAGUGGAGCCCCUCCAGCGCAUGUUUGACAAGUUCAUCAACAAGAUGCUGAGCUUCAAGAAGGACAACUGCAACGAGCUGGUGCCCGUGCCUGAGUACAGCGGCAUCAUCUCGCUCUGUAAGCUCUACUCCAUCCUGGCCACGCCCGAGAACGGG